AUGCUACAGUGACUCCUGAUCACCUUGCCCACCGAGGCCAGCACCUGGGUGAAGCUGCACCAUCCAAAGAAGUCCGUGCCCCUGUGGGAGGACGUGACUGAGAUGUUUAAAGAGGAAGCUCGGCUAUCUCAGGACGCUGAUGAGACCCAGGGAAAAAGUUUUGAGGAUAAAGUGACCUCUGGGUCCCUGACAGCAGAAUCCCAGGAACCAUUGACCUUCAAGGACAUAAUUGUGGACUUCACCCAGGAGGAGUGGGGGCAUUUGGUCCCUGCUCACUGGCAUCUGUAUCGGGAGGUGAUGCUGGAGAACUAUGGAAACCUGGUCUCAGUGGGAUAUCAGCUUUCCAAACCUGGUGUGAUUUCCCAGUUAGAGAAAGGAGAAGAGCCAUGGCUGAUGGAGAGAGAGGUUUCAGGAGGUCCAGGUCCAGGUAAGAGCAAGGCAGAAACCAAAGAGACAACUUUAAAGAAUGACAUUUCAUGGGAAGAAUUACACCAUGGCCUGAUGAUGGAAAGGUUCAUGAGAGGAAGCACCUUGAUUUCCACAUUGGGAAGAAUCUCCAAAUGUCACAAGUUAGAAAACCACCAGGAGAACCAAGGAAUGGGUGAGAGACAAAUACCCUUGAUCCACAAGAAAAGGCUUACUCAGGAGAGGGGCCAAGAAUCUAACAAAUUUGAGAAAAAUAUUAAUAUGAGCUCAAAAGUUAUAGGACCAGUAGGCCCUCAAAAAAGACACCAUAGAUAUGACAUAUCUGGCAAGAAAAGUAGAUGCAAUUUAGAUUUGAUUAAUCAUUCAAGGAAUUAUACAAGAAUGAAAAUCUUUGAAUGUAAUAUAUGUGAAAAAAUCUUCAAACAGCUCAUUCACCUUAUAGAACACAUGAGAAUUCAUACUGGAGAGAAACCUUUCAGAUGUAAAGAAUGUGGAAAAGCCUUUAGCCAAAGCUCAUCCCUUAUUCCACAUCAGAGAAUCCAUACUGGUGAGAAACCCUAUGAGUGUAAGGAAUGUGGGAAAACCUUCAGACAUCCAUCAUCUCUUACUCAACAUGUCAGAAUUCAUACCGGGGAGAAGCCCUAUGAAUGUGGUGUAUGUGAGAAAGCAUUUAGCCAGAACAUUGGACUGAUCCAGCAUCUGAGAACUCAUGUCAGAGAGAAACCUUUUACAUGCAAAGACUGUGGAAAAGCAUUUUUCCAGAUUAGACACCUCAGGCAACAUGAGAUUAUUCAUACUGGUGUGAAACCCUAUAUUUGUAGUGUAUGCAGUAAAACUUUCAGCCACAGCAUAUACCUAACUCAAUACCAGAGAACUCAUACUGGGGAAAGACCAUAUAAAUGUAAGGAAUGUGGAAAAGCCUUUAGCCAGAGAACACAUCUUUCUGUCCAUCAGAGAGUCCAUACUGGAGUGAAACGUUAUGAAUGCAGUCAUUGCAGGAAAGCCUUUAGGCAUGAUUCAUCCUUUGCUAAACAUCAGAGAAUUCAUACUGGAGAAAAACCAUAUGAUUGUAAUGAAUGUGGAAAAGCCUUCAGCUGUAGUUCAUCACUUAUUCGACACUGCAAAACACAUUUAAGAAAUACCUUCAGCAAUGAUGUGUGAAAUAUGUUCAACAUCAAAGAAUCCCCCAAUUGGAGCAAAAGCCUCUAAAUUUGUGAUUUUCUGACUUUCAGAUUUCAAGAACGAAUAUUUUUUUUAACGGUUUGACCCAAUGUUACAAUUACUAAUUUUGCUGUGUUAAAAAAACAACCUACCUAUUAUUAGCAUUGCUUUGGAAAAGAAAGGGCAUUUUAUUAUUUUAAAAUAUAGGAAGACUAUAAUUAUAGAAAACAGUCUUUUACAUUAAAUUAGUUUUAUGAAAAUCUCCCAAAUUUGUCUUUAUUUUUCUCAUUUCACUGUGGGCCAGUGAAAUCAUCAUGACAAGCCAGUGAUCUGUGAUUGAUUUUAAGAGUCACAGAUUUAAAUAUCCCUUUAAUGAAUCAGAAUAAAAUACAACCUUUUACUAUAGCCCUUUAUAUGGCUAGAAGAGGUAGAAAUAAAAAUGUCAAUUGUCUCAUUCUAGAAGAAAUAAUGUUAAAGAGAGUUUUCUAGACUUAAUAGGUAACCAGCUAAACAUGAGGCACAUACAUUGGGGUUUCCUAGAGAGAAGUUGGCAAAUGUUUUCUGUAAAGGGCCACAUAAUAAACAUGUUAGGUGUUGUAGGCCAUAUGACCUCUGUCAGAACUACUCAACUCUAUCAUUUUAGUGCAGGAGCAUCCAGAGACAAUAUAUGGGUAUCUCAUCCGUGGCACUGCUAAUGUUUUGGGAUACUUUGUUGUGGGUGGCUGUCCUGCUUUGUAGGAUGUUUAGCAGCAUCCCUGGCCACUGAAUGCCAGUAGUUCCCCCUUCCACUG